CUUACCGAUACAUCUGAAGUUCAUACACUAGCAUCUACCGUCUCAAUUGGGCUAUUAAAUUUCCUGGUUUCGCGAACAAUUUAUAAAUGUCGCUAUUAACUACAAAAAACUUGGAAAUCUUUGUUAAUGAAUUUCUCAAAGAAGAUUUGAAACAAUUGGAACACCACAUCAAUGUUUACAAUGGAGAAAUUAUGGAGUACGUGCAACUCAAAAAUACCUUAGAGGCGCUAAAUGAGAACACUGAUGGUUCCUUCAAAACACAAAUGGAUAUCGGAGGCAAUAUAUUCAUGGAAGCCAAAGUGGAUAAUCCAUCAGACUCAGUCUUGGUUGACGUGGGAAAAGGUUAUUUCGUGCAAUUCACCUUGGAGGAAGCACUGAAAUUUUUGGAUUUUAAAGUAAAAGUUCUUACUAAAGAAUGUAAUGUGCUGCGAGACGAAAGUGUGAAAAAGCGUUCGGAUAUAAAACUAGCGCUGAUGUGUAUUGCUGAACAAGAAAACUUGUACCCGAAUAAAUAAGAUUAAGUGGUAUUUUAGGAUUAUAUUACAUUAAUUGGAGGAAUAAUUAGUAAUAUUUACUACACAUACAUAUAUUAUCGGAGUAAAUAUAAAUAAAACAUGUUGAAAGUCGCAUAUUAAGUUUUUAUUAAUUGUUGUACAAUAUUUGCUUUGUUAAAUGUAUAUUUAUUUAAAUUUAUAUAAUAUGUGAUUUACUUAACUGGUCAAAAUCUCAAUUGAUUAUAUUUUUUGAUGUUUUGUAUGUAUUAAAAUACAUAAAUGUA